AUGUUUAUGACAGCACUAGUUCUGUCUUUGCCUUCGGGCAAUAAAGAUUUCAAUGUGUUUUAUGAUGCCAUUAGAGUGGGUUUGGAGUGUGUUCUCAUACAGAAUGGCAAAGUAAUAGCUUAUGCUUUAAGGGCUACGAUAGUUUUUGCCCUACAGAUGUGGAGACACUAUCUUUAUAAGGCUAAGUGUGAAAUCUUCACGGACUAUAGGAGUCUCCAAUACAUUUUUAACCAGAAGGAGUUAAACCUCAAACAAAGAAAGUGGUUUGGCUCACAUAUCAAUGCAAAGGUUACCCAUUUUGAAGGAGCUACAAUAACUAAUAGGAGAGUGGUUACAGUAGGAAUUAUCAACAAAAGGCACAUAGAUGGCACAGAUGAAAGUGGCACUGAUGUACUUAAGAGAGGUGAUGAUAUCGGACUCAAAGGAGAUAUUAUGAGAGAAGCUCAUAAUGUGAUGUACAGUGUACAUCCCGGAGCCACCAAGAUGUAUCAGGAUUUGAAGAAAGUGCAUUGGUGGCCUUCUAUGAAGAAGGAGAUUGCACAAUUCAUGUCUGCUUAUGAGGUGUGCCAAAGAAUGAAGCUAGAGCAUCAAAAGCUAAUAGGAACGGUGUAUGUAACAGAGAUAGUAAGGUUUCGUGGAGCUCUAGUGACAAUAGUUUCUAACAAAAGACCACAGUUCACCUCCAAGUUUUAG